AGACGCGGGCAGCGUCAGUCCGUCAGAUCCGGCUCCGAUUAAUCUCAGUCGUUCUAGAAACGCCCAUUUGGCCGUAGCUUUCCCUCGCCGCUCCCAUGGCGAUGGCCUUACCCAGAGCGCCCCCUCCUCGCUCCCAGCUACCGGCAGAAGCUUCGCAACCGUCGACCGCCCAGAGGUCUGCGUCGUUCCCCACCAUGCCCGACAUCAUCGCCGCCUCCCGGGCGCAGGGCCUCCGCCUCCGUCUCCAGGUCCUCGGGCCCUUCUUCCGGGUCCGGGCGGAGGGCGAGGACGGGUCCGAGCUGGGGAGGGCGGAGGGCGUCGUACGCCCGUGGGUCGCAGGAAAGGUUCUGCACCUCGACUCCAUGAGGCUCAGCCGGGACACCCUCUCCAUGGAUCGCUCCAUCUUCGGCCUCGGCCUCUUCGUCGGUGCCGCCGCCGUCCGCCACGGCUACGACCAGGGCUGCCGCACCGCCCAACUCCUCGCCAUCAACGAUUCGCCCCUCUUCCACUCCAAGCUUGUGAGAUUCUACACGAGGAUGGGAUUCAAGGUGGUUCAUGAAGUGGAUGGAUCGUCCAUGGGGGAUUUGGCUCACAUGCUGGUGUGGGGAGGGAGAGGAACUCGAAUGGAUGCCGACAUCGAGCAACUUUUUCUCAAAUGGGCCAAAAAAUUCAAGGCUUCAAGGUCGUAAGGCAACAAUUGCACGGAUCUGAAACUUCAACUAGAAAUAGGCAAAAACAAUCUUUAAUCUGUUCUACCGAUUGUUGCGAUUGCUUUCAAAAGGCAGACAAAACUGGUGACUGCAAAAUCCGAAGAUUCAUUCGAUAAGCAAAACAGAGUUGAAGCUAAAACAAGGAGUGAUCGAUGAACUUCAAGUUCAAACUUGUUUUUAUAUGUUCCUAAGUUUUCUAUUUGGAAUGUAAUGAAUUCCCUUAUUUUGGCAAUUUCCCAAAGGCGUACUCACUGUUUAACUAAAAAUAUGGUACAUGUAUAUAAACAUGAAUUUGAAUCUUGUCAAAUAUCCUCCCAAUAUCAAGAGUCAUCCUCUCAUA